AGGGAGUUCUCUGCAACUUCGUCGGAGACGUCGGAGAGCCGGCAGGAGAGAGGCGGCAGGAGAGGGGCGCGUCUAGCCCCAGAGACAAGGAACAGCGGAGAGCCGGAAGGAUCUGGCGGAGGCCGAGGGGUGGACAGACACUCGAAGCAGCGAGACAGAGGCAGCCUGACAGCCCGCGGGGCAUCGUUGCCCCGGAGUGAGACGAAGGGCCGUGUGCUCACAACCUCUUGCACGCUUCUGCUCCGUCGCCGAGCGCCGCUAGCAGUCCCGGAGGUGGGCUCCUGCGCUAUGCCCUCGACGCUGUGGGCGCCUGGGCCUCUGUUUCUCGGGUGUGGGCCGGGAGCCGCCGUUUGAGCCCGUCAAGGAGCGAAGCCAGCUGGAGUUGGGCGCCCGCUUCCAGACCAACUGGCUGAGCACCAUUUCCCGCCUCUGGGCUUAGUUCUCCGCGAUCUUGCGCAGGAGGCUUGGAGAGGGACCCUCACAGCUGCAGAAGUGUCUUUUGAGUCCAGCUCACACGGUGCCUGGCCUGGUGGCGCGGCUCCCUGAGCAGCCCUUUGGCGCCGAGAGGCAGCGGCGUGGGCCGACCUGCAGUCUGGAGCGCCCCGAUGGAAAUACACUGUAAGCACGACCCGUUUGCAUCCAUGCAUAGACAUGGAGGAGUGAAUCAGCUUGGGGGGGUUUUUGUGAAUGGACGGCCACUCCCAGAUGUAGUCCGCCAAAGGAUAGUGGAACUUGCCCAUCAAGGUGUCAGGCCUUGCGACAUCUCCAGGCAGCUUCGGGUCAGCCAUGGUUGUGUCAGCAAAAUUCUUGGCAGGUAUUAUGAAACAGGAAGCAUCAAGCCGGGCGUGAUUGGAGGAUCCAAACCAAAGGUCGCCACUCCCAAAGUGGUGGAAAAAAUCGCUGAGUAUAAACGCCAAAACCCUACCAUGUUUGCCUGGGAGAUCAGGGACCGGCUGUUGGCAGAGCGCGUGUGUGACAAUGACACAGUGCCCAGUGUCAGCUCCAUCAACAGGAUCAUCCGGACUAAAGUACAGCAGCCCCCCAACCAGCCAGUCCCAGCUUCCAGUCACAGCAUAGUGUCUACAGGCUCCGUGACGCAGGUGUCAUCAGUGAGCACAGACUCUGCAGGUUCCUCAUACUCCAUCAGUGGUAUCCUGGGCAUCACAUCCCCCAGUGCCGACACCAACAAGCGCAAGAGAGAUGAAGGUAUCCAGGAGUCUCCAGUGCCAAAUGGCCACUCACUUCCUGGCAGAGACUUCCUCCGGAAGCAGAUGCGGGGAGAUCUGUUCACACAGCAGCAGUUGGAGGUGCUAGACCGCGUGUUUGAGAGACAACACUACUCGGACAUCUUCACCACCACGGAACCCAUCAAGCCAGAGCAGACCACAGAGUAUUCAGCCAUGGCCUCACUGGCUGGAGGCCUGGACGACAUGAAAGCCAACUUGACAAGCCCCACCCCUGCUGACAUUGGAAGCAGUGUGCCAGGGCCACAGACGUACCCCAUCGUUACAGGCCGAGACUUGGCAAGCACGACCCUCCCAGGGUACCCUCCGCACGUCCCCCCCGCUGGACAGGGCAGCUACUCUGCACCGACGCUGACAGGGAUGGUUCCUGGGAGUGAAUUUUCUGGAAGCCCCUACAGCCACCCUCAGUAUUCUUCCUACAAUGAUUCAUGGAGGUUCCCCAACCCAGGACUGCUUGGCUCCCCAUACUAUUACAGUGCUGCAGCCCGAGGAGCCGCGCCGCCUGCUGCAGCUACCGCCUAUGACCGUCACUGACCUUCAGCCACGUGGGCACCAAUUCUUACAACGCAUAUCAAUCCCCGAGACAGACAGAGAGGCCCAACAAUUCCCUCUCCCACCCCAUCCCACACACACUUGAAGCAUCCUCCCUCCAUUUUUCCCCGCCUGAUCCAGGUAGGGCUGUUGGACUUCUGGAUUCUUAUCCAUUUCAAGAGUCAAUUGACCAGCUUCUCCCAGUGGUGAGAGGGUCUCAGCUGUUCUGAAGACCACUGCAGCCAAGCCCGGCCUGCCAGUCCUCCUGACUGUCUGACCAUCUGUGGGUCUCAACCACAGCAGGUCUGGAAAGGAGAGCUAGCUUUCGUUGUUUCACAGCACCCAUGUAAAUACCUUCUUGCUUCUCUGUGGGCCUGAGGGUCUAACAGAGCAGAUUACCCAACCCACAGUGCAUCAUAGGACAUCGUCCACCUCCCACGGAACACUCCUCUCUGCCCCGGUGCCCCGCCAGGUAUCUCAAAGCUGUCUUUGAAACUGACAGUGCCCACCUUGAGGAUGCCUGGCCUCUAGUUCACCCCAGUUCUCUAAUAUCUACAAGGCUCACUGGUGGUCAUGCUGCAAGCUUCCCCUGAGGUUCCUCCCAAGGGGGAUACACUUCGGGGAGACACCAUAGCCUCUUGCCUCCAUUUCCACGGAGCCACUGCAGUGUCAACAGUCCUUUUCUUAGUCAAGGGACUCCAAGAGAACUGUCUGGAACAGCUGCUGUCCUAAAGUAAGAGGUCAUCAUCCAAGUGCUGAUGGAAUUGCAACUCUGAAUGCUAUCUGGAUCAAGAUCGUUGGACCCAGGCCAGGGAAGGGUCUGAGGCUCCCUUGAUCCUCCCGGCCCCUGGAAACAUCAAACUGGGUAUGUUUUCUAAGGCAUGCCUAAGCUCAAAUCAUGUUGUGCAUCAGCCAUGGGCACUUCACAGCUGUCCUUCUGGAACCACAAUUGGAUUCUGGGCAAGCCUGUCCCAGCCAUAGAGACAGUGGCUAACAGAAAGGACCGAUGCCUAUACUAAGGACCAGCACACUCUGCAGGCAUCAGCCAGGACCCCAGCUUCCUCUCGAGCAGCCCUGCCACCCUUGGGGAGCACAGAGUGUGGUGGGCAUGGAGGUGCUGGCAGGGUGGCAGGUGCCCGACUUACACCCACAGGCCAAAUUGCUAAUACAAGGUGUUGAGAUGGAGCUCACUGUGGGAAAGGCAGAGGAAUAUGUAAGGGACAGAAAGGGCUGGGGGAGGGACAGGGAAGCAAUGGGUUUGAGUCUGGGGUGCCCAGUGAUACAAUUUAUUGAUCUGGAACCUCUAUUCUCAACACAGUCCCUCUUGCCAACUCAGAAUACCAGAGGAGAACCGCCAUCUAAACUGAGGCUGAACAUAACAAGCUUUGUGGGACCUCAGACCCCAUACCUCUUCCAGCCUCUGCCGGGCUGGCAGCUGGCUUACCUCACUAUUUUUCCUUCUCUCCCUUCCUCCCAGGGAGCUGAGGCAGUGAUAGAGUCAUCUGGGUCAGGCCCUCACUUUUGAGCGAGCAUAUGGGAUCUUGCUAAUGUCCUGAUUAAGUGUAAAACAGGAAUGGGAACCAAGAAGCCUCAAAAAGAUCUUGUUUAGUUCUGAGAGGAUACUGAGGCCCAGCUUAGGGAAGCCCGGAACCAGACAGCAAGACCAAACAGACGCCCCGAGUGUUUUGUGUAUCAAUUCCUCCCACAGGCUAGUGAGACAGAAGAAGAGUUGAGGUUCAGUAAAGUGGAGUGUCCCUGCUGACUGGCAGAGGCGGGACUGGGACUGAGGCCCCUUCCCACCCAUGGUGAUGGCUGUCACUUCCAUCUACCUGUCUCUUGUGCCUGGAAGAGAAGGUGGCGGUGAAGACGGUAGGAGGUAACAUUUGCCCCAGUUCUCCAGGUCAGGCUUCCAAACUGGUAGAACUGCCAAGGAUCCCUGUCACCAGGCCAGAGGCAAGGCACGUGGCUGGGAAAGCAGGCUUAGUGACUUGCAUUCAACCUCCACUUGUCAGCUGCGGUAGGAGAAGGCUCCGUCCCCAUUGCUUCUCUGUCCCAUGCCACGGCUUGUCUUAUAGCGAUGCUCGCCCUAUGCUCCCCAUGGUUCCAGCUGCAAGACAGCAGCCUCCUUCCCUGUACCAGCCUUCAGUGCGCACACCUUCCUCCCUCAGCAAAGCCACAGUGGCUCCCUCCCCGCCACCUGAUCUUGCCCAUAUAAGCAGCUUGGUCCGUGUGUCUUUCCUCUCUCACCUGAGCUGCUGCUGGGCCUCAGCUUGGAGUCCGUAUUUAUUAGACAACCCCAUGGUUCCUGGGAUGCCAGGCAGGAGCACAAGGACCCACAGGCACAAUGGCUGCUCACGCACACUGCUCUCGCCAGCUCCUGGAGAUGCGGAUGUAUGUGGGUGUUCUCGCAUUUGCACACCUGCUUUCUCCAGCUAGCACUCUCAUUCUGCAGAUGCACAUGCCAGAGAACUCAAAACGGAGUCUGGGGCUUCACCAGUACCGUAGCAGAAGGCCUGGCUAUUCAUUCCUCCAGGGACCUUCGGUCCUGUUUGAACUUCGUGAAAACAGAUCUUUUCACACUGUCUAGCUCCAUCACAAGAACCUGUGAUGCUCCAACAAUCCCUUAGCUAAGGCACCUGCUUAGAGAUUGUGCCUUCAUAACCAGCACCGUACAGUGCUAUGCCAUGUUCCACCAUCCCAUGGGGCAAAGAUCCCAACACCCGAGGCUCACUGUGAAGAUAAGGAUGAAGCGAAUCCUCAGAUCUCUGAGCCACAAUCUUUGCCCACAGAGUUGAUCUCCCAUCAUGAAAUGUAUGACUUGAAGACACCCACCCCUUAACCCUUCAUAAAUCCCCAGAUACACAAUGAGGGAAGAAAGAACAGAGCCCAAAAGCUGGUCCAGUCACAGGAAGGGUCUGGGGACAGGUGGAGUGACACUUUCAACCUUUACCUGAAUUCACAUGAACGCUUACGAGUGUUCACAUGGACCCUUGCCCUGCUGAACCCUGAGGCUCCCAAGACAGUGUGUGCAAGCCCAUGCCACAAUCCCUGGCAGGGCCUAGAUGCAAACCUGCUCUGGCUCACAGAGCACAAGGCAGCAAUCCCAUGAGCCAUCUCCUUUCUCUUUUUUCUGCCCUUUCUACUCUAGGAUAAACUGACAGUUUGCAAGGGUGCCUGGCUAGAGCUUAGUUAGGCUAUACAGAUGCCAGUAUCUGAGGCCAGCCAGGUGGUUUGAAUCCACCUCCCUGGACAGGGUACAAAACAGCAGGGUGUGAUGCAUCCCCAGGUAUUUAGAGCAUGAUUGGCAUCUCAAUAGUGAAAAUACUGUUAGCCAAAAGAAAGAGGGGUCUAUGGGCUGAACCGAGCCCAUCAUCCACCGAUUUGUGAGCCACCGUCUGUUUUCUCUCUCUCUCCUCAUCCUUUCAUUAACGUUUGGAGAAGAUGGGAGGGAGAUAAGAGAUGUGCAAACUGUUUAGAUUUUGGAACUGGUGGUGAGGCGAAAGGAUGUACGUGGUGCAUAUGAGGGGAGCUGUUGGUUUUCUACGUAUGGAGCCCCAGAUGUGGCCACAGGGCAUUGAGGGGUGAAAUCCCUUAAUGAGUCAGGCUUCAGAGUAGCUGCUGUGCCUUUGGCAGCCUUAGCUCCAUCCACCCCCUUGUAGAUGACAUUUCAGCUAGAAUUUAUCUCCAAGUCAUGGAGAGCAAAUCUUAAAAAUAAACCGAGCACUCCCAAACAAAUACAAGGAACAAGCAGCGUAGCAAAGGCAGUUUCCCGAGAGACCCCCUGCACAGGCCAGGCCAGGCCAGGCUAGUAUAGGCGGACCCCAUAAGUCUCUGAGUUAGACCAGCUCCAUGGUGGCCCUGGCCUUGUCACCCAUCUGGAGUCUGCCUGUGAUGGUUUCUAGGCACACAGUGGCGUACCUGGGUAAAUUUAUUCCUUUAGUUCUUCAGCCUCCAAGAGGUCCAAGGCAUGUGCACUUGCCUUGGAAGCAAAAUGCAUGACUGGAGACUUGGACAGUCAGGCCAUGACAUCUUGCCUUCACUCUGCCCUACCCACCAGUGGCCCCUUCAGCCCCUUGGCCCUUAUUGUCCCUAGACCUCAAGAUUCCUUUUUGUAUAUUCAUGAGGGAGCCAUGGAGUUGAACCACACUUCCCUGCUGUCAACUAAGGCUGUUCCUACAGUGGCCAGGUCCCCAAGGGCCAUCUGUAGAGCACAGAGUGAGUCCCUUGCACCAGGGCUGUUCCGAUGCAGGUGCAGCCUCUCCACAGUGAGCUGCAUGCUGGGAGCAGCAGGCUCAUCUUUCUUUGUCUUUGGGAAUUCCUCAGCAAUGAGGCCUAAUUCCCGGACACUUCCAGGACCAGCAGGGAACUCCUACCUGAUCAUUGCCACUCAUAGGUGUCAAUCCAGAAGUUCCUCUUAGCUCAUCUCCAGAUGAAGCUGAACACAGCUACCCUUUAGUACCUCUAGAUUCUUCUGUCCACACCUUAGUCGCCUGAGCAUCACCAAGCUGUUGUUUCUGUCCUCACUGUGGGAAUGGCAUGGCGUGUUGGUGACCUCUCAGUGGGAUCAGGCUCAGCCUGGACAGUGUUGAGCAUGAACCAGAGAGGGGAGCAAGGAGAACAAAUGAAAGAUUAGGGACUUGGCAGUUCUGUGCCCUUCACUGACUCUAAGACCUGACUUUAGGAGACCAACCUGUAGUCUCGCUUGCCCCUUCCUGGUUCUCUCAUCUGCUAAGUUGCACAUGGGGGGUAUGGUUCCCCCAAACUAGCAUGCACUCAGCACAUCCCUCCAUCCCUCGUCUUCUCCAAAAGCACCAUUGGAAACAUGGGAUGAUGGGUUUUUGAUUUACAAAGGGUGCAUUUCACUUAGAGUGGAACAGAAAAGAAACCAUUUAAUGACCCUCUUGUUUCCAAGCAUGAAUACAUUUUAAUGAAACUAUUUUAUUGUAUUUGAGGAAAUGGAGAGUUGAACAUUCCAACCAAUCAAUAACCAAUUAAUUGCUACAGAGUUGAAAAGAAAAUAAACCCCAAAUCUAUUUUAAACAUCCUGAAAAACUCAGAGCCUCAUAGUCAGGCCUUCCUCUCCAUACCAUGUGCACAAGUGCAUGGACAGGUGAAUUCACUCAUGCACACACACACUCACACACACACUCACACACUCACACACACACACUCACACACACAGUCAUACACAAACACACACACAGUCACACACGCUCUCACACACUCACACACACUCAUACACCUGUGUAUCAUACACACACACACACACACUCUCUCUCUCUCUCUCUCUCUCUCUCUCUCUCUCUCUCUCUCUCUCUAAUACUAAGACAGGAAACUCAGAAUUUCUCUGUCUCCGGAUGCCAGUUCUUGCCAUCUCUUUGCCUUUGGUCACAGAAGGUGAGCAGAACAAGCUGCAGCCUGUCCUUGGGCUCGGAGAGGGACAGAGCUGGCCCCCAGGCUGAAGCCACGAGCACAGUGUGGGUGGUGAAGGCCUGCUGUUGCCAGCAUGCUUCUUUUCUACCUGGCUACAGGGUCACCCCCACAGAGGGCACGGGGUGGAAUUUUGAACCCUGCUGGACAAUGUUGCCCUGAUUUGUCACCCUCUAGUGGCCUCCGGACAUUGAGUAUUUGUAGGAAUGCAGAUGACAUUCCGAUGGAACUCUGCCAGAAAGACAUGUGGGUUUUGCUUCUCAUUCUUUUUAGAUGGUUAACACUGUCCUAGGGACUGGCCCAGCAUCAAAGAAAUGCAUAUCUACUGUAUCCGCCAAAGUUUGUGAUGCCUGCAUAGAUGCUUGUUAAAAAAAAUAUACAAAAAAAAACCAACAAAAAAAUUAAAUAAAACCACACAAUUGAAUUGCCUUUGAAAGUGGGAGAUGACCUGUCUCCAACAGAUUGAGAAACAAAAAGCUUCUUAAAAGUGUGUAUGUUUUAUAUUCUUUUUUUCUAGUAGAACUGACUUGAAAUAUUGGUGGGUUUUUUUCUUAGUGAUGUGUGUUGCUUUUGUGUGUGAUAAUAUUUGAAUGUAAUUACAGCAGUGCCAAUUUGCCAAAGAUGUUGGACAUAUUUUUCUUUUGUUGGGGGAAGGGUGGGGCUUUGGGUGGGAUUUGGGAGGACACUGGGAUGGGAAUACUGGUUUAAUUUUUUCUAAACUUUUUUUCUCGUCAAACCUGGGAUUUGUGAUUUUAUUUUAAGUUAAAUGGUUGACUGCAACACCUUUAUUUUAAAUUAGCUGGAGAAACAUGCAAUAAGGUUGGCGUAGUUUCAAUAUCUGUGUAUUUUCAUGAGUGAUUGUUCCUUGUGAAGAAUUGAUUUUAUGUAACCUUUAUGUGAGAUAAUUAUUUGUAAAUAUUUGCCAUAAUUUUAUUGGUUCCUAAAAUAAAAGUAAUUUUUUAAGUUCA